AAAAUUUCGAAUGGAACCUUUUUUCCUGAAGAAAUAUUACUGGCUUUCGGGCGACCUUAAGUUCUAACGUUUAUUUUUUUCCUGAAUUGUGGUUCGCUGUGCACAGCAAGAGACCUUCAAGCUUGAGUGGGGCUUUUUGUACUUAUUAUAAAAACAUAUAGUAGUAUGUUUUAUUUGUUGUUAAGCUACAAAGAAAGGAAAUAUUAAAAGAUGUUAACCAAAAAAAAACUUGGAGUGUUCAAACAGCUCCAUCCUACUUUAAGAAGGUGGACUACUGGUGUCAGCAUACUAGAAAAAAAGUUUAAUAAUAACACUAUGAAACCUUCUUAUAACUUUUCUGAAAAUAAUAAAGUUGUUUUGUUGGAAUCACUUAAUUCUGUUUUAUCAUCUUUUAACGUGGAAGAUUUAAUAAAAGUAAGAGCGCAUUAUGGUCAUCACAAAAGCUGUUGGCAUCCUGCAAUUAAGCCUUUUCUUUAUGGAACGCGAGAAGAUAUCCACAUCAUUGAUCUUGAUCAAACUAUUGUCCAACUCAAGCGUUCUUUGACUCUCCUAAGGACUUUAGCUUAUAAUGAUGUUGAUAUUUUAUUCACCUGCGCUCGAAUGGAGUACGAUCAACUCAUUCGUCACGCCUGCCACAAGCACAAUAUUUUCUACGUGACUCGCCGUUGGAUUCCUGGAACGUUAACGAAUAGCCAAACAACUAUUGGCCGAACGGAAAGACCCGGAUUUAUGGUGAUCUUUUCAGUAGAAGGCAAUCGCGUGGCAAUUCGCGAAGCUCAUCAAGAAUUUAUCCCGACACUGGCCAUUAUAGACACCAAUAUUGAUCCCCGGAUUGUCACUUAUCCUAUUGUUUCCAGCGAUGACUCUAAAGAAGCAAUUGAACUUUAUCUGAAAUUGAUGUGUCAAGCAAUCGAGGAGGGGAGAUCUUGCAAAAAGUAUAAUACCCCUCUAUAA